AGAUGCCAAAGGCCAGUACCUGUUUGACCUUCUUUGCCACCACCUAAACCUACUUGAAAAAGACUAUUUUGGGAUCCGCUUUGUGGACCCAGAUAAGCAGCGGCAUUGGUUGGAGUUUACAAAAUCUGUGGUGAAGCAAUUGAGAUCCCAGCCUCCAUUCACCAUGUGCUUCCGUGUGAAGUUUUACCCUGCAGACCCUGCUGCCCUGAAAGAAGAAAUAACCAGGUAUUUAGUCUUCCUACAGAUCAAAAGGGAUCUGUACCAUGGCCGCCUCCUCUGUAAAACAUCAGAUGCUGCUUUGUUAGCAGCUUAUAUCCUUCAAGUCACCACUCUGUGGACAGAGAAAGCUGUUGUGGAGUGCGGGGAGCUCAACACUGUUUCCUACACUUCUCCUACCCUACAUUGCCAUGUUCCCUUUUGUGGUCAAACACCAGCAACGUCAGAGCUGAACUUCUUAAGAAAAGCACAGACAUUGGAGACAUAUGGAGUGGAUCCUCACCCGUGUAAGGACGUGUCAGGAAAUGCUGCAUUUCUGGCCUUCACUCCUUUUGGGUUUGUUGUUCUGCAAGGAAACAAGAGGGUCCACUUCAUUAAAUGGAAUGAGGUGACCAAACUGAAAUUUGAAGGAAAGACUUUCUAUUUAUAUGUAAGUCAGAAAGAGGAAAAGAAAAUUAUUCUCACAUAUUUUGCUCCAACUCCAGAAGCCUGCAAGCACCUCUGGAAAUGUGGAAUUGAGAACCAAGCCUUCUACAAGCUGGAGAAGUCAAGCCAAGUCCGCACAGUGUCCAGCAGCAAUUUAUUCUUUAAAGGGAGCCGGUUCCGAUACAGUGGCCGAGUCGCAAAGGAAGUAAUGGAGUCAAGUGCCAAGAUCAAACGAGAGCCACCAGAAAUACACAGAGCAGGGAUGGUUCCCAGCCGGAGCUGUCCCUCCAUAACCCACGGCCCAAGGCUGAGCAGUGUCCCCAGGACCCGCAGAAGAGCUGUUCACAUCUCCAUCAUGGAAGGCCUAGAGUCCCUGCGGGAUAGUGCCCAUUCCACACCGGUGCGUUCCUCUUCCCACGGGGACAGCUUUCUGCCUCAUGUGAGAAGCAGCAGGGCAGACAACAAUGAACGAGUAGCUGUGAUUGCGGAUGAGGCCUACAGCCCUGCAGACAGCGUGCUGCCCACCCCUGUGGCCGAGCACAGCCUGGAGUUGAUGCUGCUUUCCCGGCAGAUCAACGGAGCCACCUGCAGCAUUGAGGAGGAGAAGGAGUCUGAGGCCAGCACACCAACUGCUGCUGAGGUGGAGGCCCUUAGGGGAGAGCUGAGGGCACUGUGUCAGGGGCACGGCGGGCCAGAGAAGGAACAGGUGAAUAAAUUUGUUUUAAGUGUCCUCCGUUUGCUCCUUGUGACCAUGGGACUCCUCUUUGUUUUGCUCCUCCUCCUGAUCAUCCUUACCGAGUCUGACCUUGACAUUGCCUUUUUCCGCGAUAUCCGCCAGACCCCUGAGUUUGAACAGUUCCACUAUCAAUACUUUUGUCCCCUCAGGCGAUGGUUUGCCUGCAAAAUCCGCUCAGUGGUGAGCCUGCUCAUUGACACCUGAGAAGGCAUGACUCCUCCCAGUAACUAGCCAGGUGGACCAAGGAGCCCAGCUACUCACUCCCAGCAAUGGGACCCAUUGCGGAACCAUCGGCACAUAUACCAAAUCCUCCUCUCAUGACUCAAAAGUCCACUGCAGCCUAGGAGGGUUUUUUCCCAGAAGAAGAAAGGAAUAGGCCCAUGCCCUUUCUAAACAAACUGGGAAAACAUUUACUUCAGAGGUUCUUUCAAGAAAGGCUCAGCAACUCUAUUUCUCAUCCUUCUGAUUUGCAGGAUAAUUUUUGGUUUUGAAUUUUGAUUUUUCAUAGAUGUGUAUUA